GAACAAACCUAUUUCUCUAUGCCACAGACGCCAAAUGUCGCCAUCGAUCAAUGACAUUUUGUGUAGUUGAAUUUAUUGAUAUAAAGCGUUAAUGUAAAUAAUAAACAAUAUCAUCAUAAAAGUCGGCUUCCAGUCGAUAUGUAUGCCAAGGGCAAGGGCUCUACAGUGCCUUCGGACGCUCAGGCUCGCGAAAAAUUGGCGCUCUAUGUGUACGAAUAUUUGCUUCAUGUCGGUGCGACCAAAGCGGCGCAAACAUUUCUGUCUGAAAUACGAUGGGAGAAGAAUAUAACACUGGGCGAGCCGCCCGGGUUCCUUCACUCGUGGUGGUGCGUGUUCUGGGACCUAUACUGUGCAGCGCCGGAACGGAGGGACACUUGUGAGCACUCGUCUGAAGCGAAGGCAUUCCACGACUAUGGUUUUGUCAAUUCUGGUUACGGAGUCAACGGUAUCGGACACAACGCCGGCCCAGCGCCGCCUAACGACGGCAUGGGCGGCGGUGGAAUGCCUCCUGGUUUCUUCCCGAACUCCCCCCUACGACCGUCACCUCCCGCACCCCACCCCGGAUCGCAACCCUCACCACAUGGACCGCAACCACAGCUUAUGGGCACUGGACAACCGUUUAUAGGAGGACCCUGGUAUUCUGGUGGAGGACCUCGAGGAGCUGUCAGGAUGGGAAUGGGCAAUGACUUCAAUGGACCUCCCGGUCAGGGAAUGAUGGGCAACUCACUGGAGCGAGGAGGCGGCGGGGUGCUAGGCGGGCCGCGCAUGACACCCCCGCGGCCCGGCAUGGGCCCCAUGAGCCCCGGCGCCUACGCAGCAGGCAUGCGCGGCCCACCGCCUCAGGGACCAGGUAUGCCACCAAUGGGUAUGGGCCCACGGGGCGCUUGGGCCGGCGGCAGCGGCGGCGGCGGGGGCGGGGGUGCCGCGCCGCUGAACUACUCCGGGGGCUCACCAGGGGCGUACGGGGCCCCUCCGGGGAGCAAUGGGCCUCCGGGCCCCCCGACACCGAUAAUGCCCAGCCCACAAGAUUCGUCUAAUUCAGGGGGAGACAACAUGUACACGCUGAUGAAGCCGGUGGGCCCCGGAGCGCUGGGGGCCGAGUUCCCCCUGACAGGCGACCACGGGCCGGCGCCGCAGCACCUAUCCCAGCCGCCCGCCGCUGAAGGACUUGGAGGAGUUGACGGGAUGAAAUCAUCUCCUGGAGGAGUGGGAGGAGGAGGGCCGGGCACUCCUCGGGAAGAUUCAGGAUCAGGAAUGGGAGAUUACAACUUAAGUUUCGGUGGCCCCGGGGGCGACCAGAAUGAUCAGACAGAGUCCGCGGCGAUACUGAAAAUUAAGGAAAGCAUGCAAGAGGAGGCGAAGAGAUUCGAGAAAGACCCGGAACACCCCGACUACUUUAUGCAAUAAAGGUUUUUAUUUUGUCAAAAUACUAUUUUUGAUUCGCGCCCCCAACUUGCCAGAGAUUUGAUUUUUUUUUUCGUAGAUGUUUACCAAAUUUUUGGUAGAUGUUACCGAUUUUGUGAUUCGUCUACCGAAUUUUUAGUAGAUGUUACCGGUUUUGUGAUUCGUCUACCGAUUGGUUGAUGAUACUAAAUUUGUGAUUUGUCUACCGAAUUUCUGGUAGAUGUUACCAGUUUUGUGAUUUGUCCUCCUACCUUUUGUAGGCAGGGAACUUUUUAUGCUAUAUGCAUUACAAGUUAUUUAAUUCUAUCAGUAAAACAUUGACACUACCAACGUUCCAGUGAUAAAAACUACCGAUACGUUUUUCGUUAAUUUUAUUUGAUAAUUUAAUAGUUUGUAUAGUUUUUGAAGUCUCAUGUAAUAUGAAAAUAAUUUGAAAAUGGUCAUCCAAUAAAAAAAAUUUUGGUACAGGAAAAAAACGAUUGUAUUUUUGAUACAAAUUCACGUGUCUGUAUUCUAUGUCGCGAUAUAAUAAUUUUUGAAAUAUCUGUGGUAAGUUGGCAGCGCGUAGCACAACGUUCCAACGUUAUGAUCGUGAAAAAAAAAUUGUAUUUUUAAUUUUUCUUUCUUUUUUGAAAAUCUAUCAUAUUUUCUUCUCGUGUCGAUUUAUGUUGCACAAUUUUUAUCUUUUAUUUAUUUAUAAUGAUAAUUUUAACCCGGUGUAGUAAUAUUUCUUCGAUUUUUUCGUUUUUUUUUUCUUUACAUUUUGACAAUUUCAUUGAAUGUUUCUGUCUAUGUCUACACUUCUACACAUUUCAACGUAUAUAUGUACUUAUUAAUAAUAAAAAAUAUAUAUUAUCUGUCCUCAUUGACUUAUCGUCUACCCGGGAACCGAACCGUACAGUUCGCAGCUAUAACAUUCAGUUCCUAACUGACAUUUAAUGAAACUGUCAAAAAAAUAAAAAUAAAUGCACUUGUUAAUGACGGCGUCAUAAAUCAUGCAACGUGUGUCAUUCAAUGACGGUCGCGUCAUUAAACUUCUUUUGACACAGUCAUUAAAGACUAAAUUUUUGUCAUUCAAAAAUGUUUUGACGUAUAUUUUGUACAGAAAAUUGUUAAUCGUUUGUUAACAUUUUUGAAUGACAUUUUUUUGUGACAUGGCCGUUAUUUUUUGACGGUUUAAAAUUGUUUAGUGAUUAGGAAAGAUGGUGUCCUCUUUACACACUCCUUUGGCCGGGUAUCUGGUACGCUUGUCUACUUGUAGUGUAGAAAAAGUAAAUUAUAUGGGAUUGACGUAAAUUUUGACACGUGUCAGUGUC